AUGGCAUCGGAAGACAGAGGAAUGCCGGAGCUCGGGGUGGAGGAUGUCCUUCCCCCUGUAUCGAUCGAGUCCGGGCAGGUCACGCACGUACCGGUAGCGAACAUUGACCUGCUCAUCGGGCCGAGCGUGUCUGUUGUCGCUGGAGGGAUGUUUGGCGGGGGCGGUGGUUCUGUCAACCCCGGGCUGGUAAUGAUCAUAUGCAUAUCUAUUCAGUACGAAGUAUUAAUUAUUGUAUCACGGGUGUGACAUGAAGCAUUAUCGAGGCCGAUUUUAUCUUCGGAAGUUGCUGCUGUCAUCCCCCUUCUCGUCAUGGCUCGCCACGGCGACGGUUCGUUUUUUGUUUGCCCGUUGUAUCAUUCGGACCGUCCCCGCGACUUGUGUGCUGUCAGCCGAGUGAGAGGAAGAACGCCGUUCCUAGGUUUCCUCCCCUGAGAAUUGGGGGGUAUGUAAAAUCCCUCCGGGGACCUUGUGUAGUGGCUGUUUUGGUCUCUCGUCGCUACAGGUGCUGUGGUGAGGGCGGGUUUCCUGCUGGGCCAUGAUGGUGCUGGAAUAUCUCCUGGCUGACGCAACAUUUGUUUAGCCGGAGAACGCGAGUCGAUCGCUUCGGCGGUCGCUUGAUACGAUACCUAUUGCACGACACUUUGGGAGCGUAGUGCUCUAUGGUACUCUUUUACUUUAUACGCAAUAUACAUCAGGGGGGGGGGGGUAGAAGUUGAGUAUUCCGAGUUCUUUGCAUACUGGAACAUGAGCUCACGUGUGUCUACCCUCGGUUGGAAACGCGCGCGCUUCGGUGUUGGUGUGAUUUUUCGUAACCGUUGGAGUUGAAGCAAUGUCCAUGCAAAGAGUACAUACCCAUAAUGUUUUGAGAUAGGAUUUCGCCACCACCACGUCGUGGGGCGUUGCCGGGUAAACACUGGAGCGCCCGCUAAGAUGUGUGGUUGCUCGCUGCCCCAUAAAGCGCGGUUGUGAUCCGUUUCGAAGCACGCACCAGGCAUCUUUUUUAGUCCCAGCCCGCCAGUGACAUCGUGGCGAACACGUCUCCUCCUGUGGCGGGCGCUAGCUACGUUGUAGGUGUGUGCGUGUGUGUGUGUGUGUGUCUUUGGCCGCGCUACAACAUGUAUAGUCCCAAGCCGCCGCCACCAGCUAGCGCAUUACGGCACCGUGCCCGAAGAAAGACAGGUGGUUUUCGUUGCUGCAAGUGGGAGGCCGGCAAGGGUUCAUGGGCACCUACCACGUCGCCGUUCCCAGUUUCUUUUUUAACGUUUGUAGAUUGUGAGGGGGGGAAAUGGAUACCAACCAGUUCUCUGAACAGCUUUCGGUGCAGUUCUCUUUAGGUUCGGUUUCCCGAACGAAGUAGACAGAUUCGGCAGAGUAACUCCUGGACCAUCCCCAAAGGGCCUGGAGCGUUGA